AUGGCCAGCGACAUGCACAUUGACCCGUCACGUCGCGUGUCUGGGCCCGGCGCGCCCCAGGGCUAUCUGCAACCAGGUGCUGUGCACCCCGGCCAGUCUCCAUCACCGCACGCGUCGUACGCGCAGCAGCAGUUUGUACCGCGUCCUAGAGCCGUGCCCAUGGCUCCAGGCACACCUGGGACGCCCAAUGCGCACAUCCAGCCGUCGCCCCAUCAUCACUCCAUGCAGGCCAUUGCGGCUCACCCUCCCGUGCCACCUCAGCAGGGCGGGCCAAUGCCAGGCGGAUCCCCCCACCUUUUGCCGCACAACAACUACAACACCAAUACGCCACAGCAUCAGCAGCAGCAUCAAAUGCUGCGGCAGGGCCCUCCCACGCCCGUCCAGCACAACCAGAUGAUGGUGCCCCCGCCGCCGCAGCAGCAGCAGCAGCUCCAUCUCUCACCGCAACAGCAUCAUCCUGGAAUGCCUCCUGCUGCCCCCGGCGGCUACAACCAGCAGUUCCCUCCUCAGCACCAGCAGCAACAGCACAGGAUGGCGAACGCGCCUAUGCAAUCGUCGACACCGGUGCGCCAGACACCCAUUAUGCCGCCUGUGCCACCGCACCAUCACCAACCGCCGCAACCACCGCAGCAGCAGCAGCAACAACAACAACAUCAACAGUCGCACCAGUCGCAAGCUAUCAUGCCUCCCCCCGUGCCCAACGGCUAUGUGCCGCCACGGGCGGCAGCCGAAGCGUUUGUGCUACCCGAGGACAUUGAUAGUACAAUCCCCGACAGUCUGCGCAAGCACUAUCAUCGCGACGACAAAGGCCGCGUGCUCUUCUUUACGACACCGUCCGUCGGACACGGUGCGAAUGGCGGAAGCGACGAUCUGCCUGCGGACAACGUGCGCGCGGCGCCCGAGUACGAGGGCCUUGGCCACAGCGUUCGGUACCUCAACGGGCUGGAGCAGUUCCGCGAAGAACGACGGCGUAAGCGCAAGGAGCGUGACGAGCAGCUGGAAGCCGCUCGGCGCGACGCAGCGGGGCAGCAGGACGCUGAACGCGAGGCAGCCGCGGCGCGGAUGUGCCAUGUUGCGGGAGAAGCGCUGGGUGGGUUUGUGCAAUGGAUGAACGACGGGACACGGCUGAUGUUUGAGGGCGGUGACGAGGAAACCAAGCAGCCGCUCGCCGCCACGGCCAGCAACUAG